UCCUCCUCCUCCUCCAAUUCUCGUCGGGUCUGGUUUCUCCCUCCGCCCCCACUCCCCCAGUUAUCGCGGCUCUUCUUCAUUCCCUACCCGGUGGCCCUAAAAUAGUCUGACAUAAGUGGAUUAGAGUGACUGAGAAUCCAGAAGGUGUUACCCUUGGCUGACUAGGGUGAGGCAAAGGUGCCAGAAAAGUCACUUGGAUAGCAGACCAGGCCAAGUAUGGAUUGGCUGUGAUUCUAGAAUCAGAAAGUGGAAAACUAAUAAAAAUGAAAGUGGAUCGAACUAAGCUGAAGAAAACGCCUACUGAGGCUCCUGCAGAUUGCAGAGCCUUGAUAGACAAACUCAAGGUAUGCAAUGAUGAACAGCUGCUGCUGGAACUCCAACAAAUCAAAACAUGGAAUAUUGGGAAGUGCGAACUUUACCACUGGGUGGACCUGCUAGACAGAUUCGAUGGCAUCCUGGCAGAUGCUGGGCAAACUGUGGAGAACAUGUCAUGGAUGCUGUUGUGCGACCGGCCAGAGAAAGAGCAGCUGAAAUCUCUGCUGCUGUCAGUGCUGAACUUCACUGCCCUGCUCAUAGAAUACAGUUUUUCACGUCACCUGUAUAGCUCUAUCGAGCACUUGACAACACUGCUGGCAUCCUCUGAUAUGCAAGUGGUACUUGCAGUGCUAAAUCUCCUGUAUGUGUUCAGCAAACGCUCCAAUUACAUCACACGUCUGGGCUCUGACAAGAGGAUGCCUCUUCUGUCCCGGCUGCAGCAUUUGGCAGAGAGUUGGGGUGGCAAGGAGAAUGGCUUUGGCCUGGCAGAAUGUUGUAGAGAUUUGCACAUGCUGAAAUACCCUCCCAGUGCAACUACACUACACUUUGAAUUCUAUGCAGAGCCAGGGGCCGAGGUCAAAGUGGACAAAAGGACUACCAGCAACACACUACAUUAUAUCCACAUAGAGCAACUUGACAAGAUUUCAGAAAGCCCCUCUGAAAUUAUGGAAUCCCUCACUAAAAUGUACAGCAUCCCAAAGGAUAAACAGAUGCUGCUGUUUACACACAUUCGCCUGGCUCAUGGCUUUUCCAACCAUAAAAAACGGUUGCAAGCUGUUCAGGCCAGACUGCACGCCAUUUCUAUAUUAGUGUAUUCGAAUGCCUUGCAGGAAUCCGCCAACAGCAUACUAUACAACGGGUUGAUAGAGGAGCUAGUAGAUGUACUGCAAAUAACCGACAAACAAUUAAUGGACAUCAAAGCUGCCUCACUGAGGACGUUGACUUCCAUUGUGCACUUGGAGCGGACUCCAAAACUCAGCAGUAUUAUUGACUGCACUGGAACUGCCUCCUACCAUGGAUUUUUGCCAGUCCUCGUCCGGAACUGUAUACAGGCCAUGAUCGAUCCUUCCAUGGAGCCAUAUCCUCACCAGUUUGCCACAGCGCUCUUCUCCUUCUUGUAUCACCUGGCGAGCUAUGAUGCAGGAGGUGAAGCUCUAGUCUCCUGUGGCAUGAUGGAAGCCUUACUGAAGGUGAUCAAGUUCUUGGGAGAUGAACAGGACCAGAUCACUUUUGUGACCAGAGCAGUCCGUGUCGUGGACUUAAUCACAAACCUAGACAUGGCAGCUUUCCAGUCUCACAGUGGCCUCUCUAUCUUCAUCUACAGACUAGAGCAUGAGGCAGACCUAUGCCGGAGGGAAUGUCCCUUUGUAAUAAAGCCAAAGAUCCAGAGACCAGCUGCUAGUACUACUCAAGAGGGUGAAGAGAUGGAGACAGAUAUAGAAGUGUCCGACGUAGCCAUGGAGAGCAGCCCUGGGCCGUCCACCUCCGGAGAGCAGCGGCAAGAGGUUGUGGUUGAAACAAGGGCCCCAAGUGCCACCACUCCCAGUAGCAGCAGCAGCAGCAACAGCAGCAGCAGCACAAACACAGUAGUCUCUCCCCGAAGUGGAGUCCAGUGUAUCCCUCAGCGAGCAGCACUUCUCAAGUCAAUGCUGAACUUCCUGAAAAAGGCCAUCCAGGACCCCGCUUUCUCAGACGGCAUACGCCAUGUGAUGGAUGGCUCUCUGCCUACCUCUCUGAAGCACAUCAUCAGCAAUGCAGAAUAUUAUGGCCCAUCACUCUUUUUGCUUGCUACUGAGGUGGUGACUGUCUUCGUAUUCCAAGAGCCUUCUCUGCUGUCCUCCUUACAGGACAAUGGCCUAACAGACGUCAUGUUGCAUGCUCUCCUUAUUAAAGAUGUCCCAGCUACACGGGAAGUUCUGGGCUCCCUCCCCAAUGUCUUCAGUGCCCUGUGCCUGAAUGCUCGGGGCCUCCAGUCCUUUGUCCAGUGUCAGCCUUUCGAACGCCUCUUCAAAGUGUUGCUCUCGCCAGAUUACCUUCCUGCAAUGAGAAGACGACGUAGUUCAGAUCCACUGGGGGACACCGCUUCCAAUCUUGGAAGUGCUGUAGAUGAACUCAUGAGGCACCAGCCCACACUCAAGACGGAUGCUACCACAGCCAUAAUUAAGUUACUAGAAGAGAUCUGCAACCUGGGCCGUGACCCCAAGUACAUCUGCCAGAAACCCUCUAUUCAGAAGGCUGAUGGGACAGCCACCGUGCCUCCACCUCGCUCCACUCAUGCAGCUGAGGAGGCCUCCAGUGAGGACGAAGAAGAGGAAGAGGUGCAAGCCAUGCAGAGCUUCAAUGCCACACAGCAGAGCGAGGCAGAAUCCAGCCAGCAGGUGGUUGGGACAGAAGAACGGAUACCAAUCCCACUGAUGGACUACAUCCUUAACGUGAUGAAAUUUGUGGAGUCAAUCCUCAGCAACAAUACAACAGAUGACCAUUGUCAAGAGUUUGUGAACCAGAAGGGCCUGCUGCCCCUAGUCACCAUCUUGGGUCUUCCCAACCUGCCUAUCGACUUCCCCACCUCAGCAGCCUGCCAAGCUGUGGCUGGAGUCUGCAAAUCCAUAUUGGUAAGGAGGAGAAUACAACAUUUCCCUUUCCAGAAGACGCUCUCUCAUGAGCCAAAGGUCCUGCAGGAAGGCCUGCUCCAGCUGGACUCCAUCCUGUCUUCCCUGGAGCCUCUGCAUCGGCCCAUUGAGGCACCUGGCGGCUCGGUUCUGCUGCGGGAGUUGGCAUGUGCUGGCAAUGUGGCUGAUGCUACCCUCUCGGCCCAGGCCACACCUUUACUCCAUGCCCUGACUGCUGCCCAUGCUUACAUCAUGAUGUUUGUGCAUACCUGCCGGGUAGGACAAAGUGAGAUCAGAGCCAUCUCGGUAAACCAGUGGGGUUCACAGCUGGGUCUGAGUGUGCUGAGCAAGUUGAGCCAGCUCUACUGUUCGCUGGUAUGGGAAAGCACUGUGCUGCUGUCACUAUGCACACCAAACAGUUUGCCUUCAGGUUGUGAAUUUGGCCAGGCCGAUAUGCAGAAACUGGUGCCGAAGGAGGAGAAGACAACCCCCAAUGCUACCCAGGGAAGCAAAAAACCAGACGGUGAACCAGAAGCAGUGGCAGCUGGAAGCAUGGAGGCCUCUGCCCAAGGCCUGUUGGAAGGAAUUGGCCUAGAUGGUGACACACUGGCACCAAUGGAAACAGAUGAGCCUAGUUCUUCUGAUCCUAAGGGGAAAUCAAAGAUCACCCCAGCCAUGGCAGCCAGGAUCAAGCAGAUCAAGCCCCUCUUGUCAGCUUCCUCUAGGUUAGGCCGAGCCUUGGCCGAACUAUUUGGGUUGCUGGUCAAGUUGUGUGUGGGUUCACCAGUACGACAACGCCGGAGCCACCAUGCUGCCAGCACCACUACUGCUCCCACACCUGCUGCUCGCUCAACAGCCUCAGCACUGACCAAACUGCUCACAAAGGGGCUUUCCUGGCAGCCCCCACCGUACACGCCCACCCCUCGCUUCCGGCUGACUUUUUUCAUCUGUUCCGUGGGCUUCACCUCGCCAAUGCUGUUUGAUGAGAGGAAGUAUCCCUACCACCUAAUGCUGCAGAAAUUCUUGUGCUCAGGGGGUCACAACGCGCUGUUUGAGACUUUCAACUGGGCCCUCUCUAUGGGUGGCAAAGUUCCUGUUGCUGAGGGACUGGAACACCCAGACCUGCCUGAUGGCACAGGAGAGUUUCUGGAUGCCUGGCUUAUGCUGGUGGAGAAAAUGGUGAAUCCGACCACAGUGCUGGAGUCUCCCCAUUCUUUGCCUGUCAAGCUGCCAGGUGGGCAGAAUUACCUGCAGUUCAGUGCACUGCGCUUCCUCGUGGUAACACAAAAGGCAGCCUUCACUUGCAUCAAGAACUUAUGGAACCGCAAGCCCCUGAAGGUGUAUGGAGGACGCAUGGCGGAGUCCAUGUUGGCCAUCCUGUGCCACAUCCUGCGUGGGGAGCCAGUCAUCCGUGAGCGCCUUGGCAAGGAGAAAGAGGGAGCCCGCAGCGAGGAAGAGGCAGGGCAGGAAGAGGGCGGUGCCCGAAGGGAGCCUCAGGUGAACCAGCAGCAGUUGCAGCAGCUGAUGGACAUGGGCUUUACACGGGAACAUGCCAUGGAAGCUCUGCUGAACACCAGUACCAUGGAACAAGCCACAGAGUACCUGCUGACCCAUCCUCCGCCACUUAUGGGUGGAGUUGUGAGGGAUCUAAGCAUGUCUGAAGAAGACCAGAUGAUGAGGGCCAUUGCUAUGUCAUUGGGACAGGACAUCCCCAUGGACCAAAGGGCUGAAUCCCCAGAGGAAGCUGCUUGCCGAAAGGAGGAGGAAGAACGCAAGGCUCGGGAGAAGCAAGAAGAGGAGGAAGCGAAGUGCCUGGAGAAGUUCCAGGACGCAGAACCCCUGGAGCAAGAAGAGCUGCACAGCUUCACAGACACCAUGCUUCCUGGCUGCUUCCACCUGCUAGACGAGUUGCCAGACACGGUGUACCGCGUUUGUGACCUCAUCAUGACUGCCAUCAAACGCAAUGGGGCUGAUUACAGAGACAUGAUCCUCAAACAGGUGGUGAAUCAGGUGUGGGAAGCUGCUGACGUCCUCAUCAAAGCAGCUCUGCCCCUCACCACAAGUGACACAAAGACCGUCUCAGAGUGGAUCAGCCAGAUGGCUACCCUGCCACAGGCCUCCAACCUGGCCACACGUAUCCUGCUGUUAACUUUACUCUUCGAGGAGCUGAAGCUGCCAUGUGCUCGUGUGGUGGAGUCGAGUGGCAUUCUCAACGUUUUGAUCAAGCUGCUGGAAGUGGUGCAGCCUUGCCUGCAGGCUGCCAAGGAGCAGAAGGAAGUGCAGACACCAAAGUGGAUCACUCCAGUGCUGUUGCUGAUUGACUUCUAUGAGAAGACAGCUAUCUCCUCCAAGAGGAGGGCCCAGAUGAACAAGUACCUCCAGGCCAAUGGCAAUAACUGGCGCUGGUUUGAUGAUCGCUCAGGGCGUUGGUGUAGCUACAGUGCGAGCAACAACAGCACUAUUGACACGGCUUGGAAAGCAGGAGAAACCAGUGUGCGCUUCACUGCUGGCCGUCGGCGCUACACAGUGCAAUUCACUACAAUGGUGCAGGUGAAUGAAGAAACUGGGAACAGGCGUCCAGUAAUGUUGACCUUGCUCAGGGUUCCUCGGCUUAGCAAGAGUGUGAAAGAGGGCAAUGGACAAGAGCUGGAGAGGACCUUGGAGGAGGGGAAAGAGGUGGAAAGCAAGCCUAAGGAGGAGAAGGCAAAUGAUAGUCCCGUGCCUGCUGACAGCCUAGCUCCAGAGAAGGAAGCGCCUUCAGAAGAAGCCAAACCAUCAGAGAUCCUCAUCCAGGGCCUGACGGAGGAGAUGGUGACAGUCUUGAUCCGGGCCUGCGUCAGCAUGUUGGGUGUGCCUGUGGAACCAGACACUCUGCACGCCACGCUGCGUCUCUGUCUGCGCCUCACCCGCCACCACAAAUACGCCAUGAUGUUUGCUGAGCUCAAGAGUACGCGCAUGAUCCUGGGCCUAACGCAGAGCUCUGGCUUCAACGGCUUCACACCCCUUGUCACCCUACUUUUCCGGCACAUCAUUGAGGACCCCUGCACUCUGCAUCACACCAUGGAGAAGGUUGUGCGCUCAGCAGCCACCAGUGGAACAGGCAGCACCACUUCAGGUGUAGUGUCGGGCAGUUUGGGCUCUCGGGAGAUUAACUACAUCCUGCGAGUGCUGGGCCCAGCUGCUUGCCGCAAUCCUGAGAUCUUCACUGAGGUGGCCAAUGGCUGCAUUCGCAUUGCCCUGCCUGCUCCCCGUGGCUCUGGUACUGCCUCUGACGACGAAUUCGAGAACUUGCGGAUCAAGGGCCCCAAUGCCGUGCAGCUGGUGAAAACCACCCCAGUGAAGCCCUCACCACUGCCUGUCAUACCUGAUACUAUCAAGGAGGUGAUCUAUGACAUGCUGAAUGCUCUGGCUGCCUACCACGCCCCUGAUGAAGCGGACAAGUCUGAAUCCAAGGGAAGCCUUACUAACCAGGAGGUGAGCCAGAUCCUGCAAGAUAUCGGAGACGACGUGUACCGCACUUUGACCCGUCAGGGCAGUGACUUUGACUCUCAGACAGGCUUUGGCAUCAAUGCUCAAGUCUUUGCUGCUGAUAGUGCAACUGCUGAGACUCCCCAAUCAGGGACGCCCCAAGGUGAUGCUUCCACUCCUGAAGAAUCAAGAGAAAAUAAAGAUAAGGAAGGCGAUAAAGCAGCAGAAGAGAACAAGCAGAAGGCCAAAGGAAGCAAGCCACUCAUGCCCACUUCCACCAUCUUGCGGCUGCUGGCAGAGCUUGUGCGCUCGUAUGUGGGCAUCGCUACCUUAAUUGCAAACUACAACUAUACUGUGGGCCAGUCCGAGCUCAUAAAGGAGGACUGCAGUGUCUUAGCUUUUGUCCUGGACCAUCUACUCCCCCACACCCAGAAUGCAGAAGACAAAGAUACACCAGCCCUGGCUCGCCUGUUCCUGGCCAGUCUGGCUGCAGCGGGUAGCGGUACAGAUGCCCAGGUAGCCCUGGUGAAUGAAGUUAAGGCAGCCCUAGGCCGGGCACUGGCCAUGGCAGAGAGCACCGAGAAGCAUGCCAGGCUGCAGGCAGUCAUGUGCAUCAUCAGCACCAUCAUGGAAUCAUGCCCAUCUACCUCCAGCUUCUACAGCAGCGCCACAGCGAAGACACAGCACAAUGGCAUGAACAAUAUCAUCCGCCUCUUUCUCAAGAAGGGUCUGGUCAAUGAUUUGGCCAGGGUGCCCCACAGCCUUGAUCUGUCCAGUCCCAACAUGGCCAACACGGUGAACGCAGCCUUGAAACCCCUGGAGACGCUGUCGCGUAUUGUCAAUCAGCCCAGCAGUCUCUUUGGGAGCAAGAGUGCCUCAAGCAAGAGCAAGGCAGAGCAGGAUGCUCAGGGAGCAGUGCGGGAUGCCAGCAGCGGCCAACAAGAUGCAGGAGAAAGUGGGGAAGCAGAGGCCCCUGAAGAGGACCAUGAUGUCGCCCAAGCAGAAGUUGCAGAUGGUGACAUCAUGGAUGGGGAAGCAGAGACUGAUGCUGUGGUGAUUGCAGGGCAGCCCGAGGUGCUGAGCACACAAGAGAUGCAGGUGGAAAAUGAGCUGGAGGACCUGAUAGAUGAAUUAUUGGAGCAGGAUGGUGGCUCAGGGAACAGUACCAUAAUAGUGGGCCGAAGUGGAGAGGAUGAGUCUCAGGAGGAUGUGUUGAUGGAUGAGGCACCUUCCAAUCUGAGCCAGGCUUCCACACUACAGGCCAACAGGGAAGAUUCUAUGAAUAUCCUAGAUCCUGAGGAUGAGGAGGAGCACACACAGGAGGAAGACAGCAGUGGCAGCAAUGAGGAUGAGGAUGACAGUCAGGAUGAAGAAGAGGAGGAGGAGGAGGAAGAUGAAGAUGAUCAGGAUGAUGAAGAAGGUGAAGAAGGCGAAGAGGAGGAAGACGACGACGACGGCUCUGAGAUGGAGUUAGAUGAAGACUACCCUGAUAUGAAUGCCUCUCCACUGGUGCGUUUUGAGCGCUUUGACCGUGAAGAUGACCUCAUCAUAGAGUUUGACAACAUGUUCUCCAGCGCCACGGACAUUCCCCCAUCGCCUGGCAAUAUUCCUGCCACUCACCCGCUCAUGGUGCGGCAUGCGGACCAUAGCUCCUUGACCUUGGGUAGUGGCUCCUCCACUACCCGACUGGCGCAAGGCAUUGGCCGCAGUCAGAGGACGCUACGACAGCUGACAGCAAACACCGGCCAUACCAUCCAUGUGCAUUAUCCUGGCACCCGGCAGCCCAACCCACCUCUUAUCCUGCAGAGGUUGCUGGGCCCUUCAGCAGCUGCAGACAUCCUUCAGCUAAGCAGCAGUCUCCCACUGCAGAGUCGAGGCCGAGCUCGCCUUCUGGUAGGCAAUGACGACGUGCACAUAAUCGCCCGCUCCGACGAUGAGUUGCUGGAUGACUUCUUCCACGACCAGAGCACGGCCACCAGCCAGGCAGGGACCUUGUCAAGCAUUCCCACUGCCCUGACACGCUGGACAGAAGAGUGCAAAGUACUCGAUGCAGAAAGCAUGCAUGACUGUGUUUCAGUGGUCAAAGUACCCAUCAUCAAUCACCUGGAGGCACUGAGGGAUGAGGAGCUAGAGGAGCGCAGAGAGAAAAGACGCAAGCAACUGGCUGAGGAGGAAGCCAAAGUGGCAGACAAAGCCAAGGAUGGAGACGACAAGGAGCCGAAUGCCCAGGGACCAGUGCCUCAAUCUAACACUUCAGCUGAGCAGAACCUCCCAGAUGGUGCCACCCAUCCCGACGGCUAUCCCGCGGUCCCGACGGCCACCGAAGAUGCCUCGGCUGGCCCUAAGCAGACUCUGGUCACGCUGGAGAGCCCCCAGCAACAGCAGCAACAGGCAGCAGGGGCGGCAGGCGAGCUCCCUUCAGAGCUGGUGGGGCAGCCCAGUGCUCAGGCUUCUGGGCAGCUGCUGAUGCCGGUGGAGCAGGAGGACUCAGGCCCCGGGCGGCCAAGCGCAGAUGCCGAGGCCACGCAGAUGGAGCUUUCGCCCGCCCCCACCAUCACCUCACUCUCCCCAGAGAGGGCUGAAGACUCUGAUGCCUUGACAGCAGUCAGCAGCCAGCUGGAGGGCUCACCCAUGGAUACCAGCAGCCUGGCCUCUUGCAACCUGGAAGAAGGCGUUGGAGAGGGUAGCGGGGCUGGCAACGUGGAGCAGACAGGCACAGGCCCUGUUGCGGCCACAGCUGAUGCAGCCCAGCAAGGGUCCAAUGCCCAAGCCAUUAGGGAGGGCCAGCCUGAUCCCAGCCAGCAGGUGGAUGACGGCUCCCCACCUGCCUCAUCCUCCGAAAACUCCUCCACCAGGGAUUCAGCUGUGGCCAUUUCCGGGGCUGAUUCUCGGGGCAUCUUAGAAGAACCACUGCCGUCUACCAGCGGCGAGGAGGAAGACCCCUUGGCAGGUAUAAACCUCCCGGAAGGUGUUGACCCAUCUUUUCUAGCUGCUCUGCCUGAUGACAUUCGUCGCGAGGUCCUGCAGAACCAGCUGGGCAUCCGGCCUCCUGCUCGUGCUGCCCCUCCCACCACCACUGCUACACCAGCACCUCCUGUAGUGGCCAACCCCAGUGUGACAGAAGUCAGUCCAGAGUUCCUAGCUGCUCUGCCUCCAGCUAUCCAAGAGGAGGUCCUGGCCCAGCAGCGGGCGGAACAGCAGAGGCGUGAGCUGGCCCAGAGUACAAGCUCAGACACCCCCAUGGACCCAGUGACUUUCAUCCAGACCUUGCCAUCAGACCUGCGGCGCAGCGUGCUGGAGGACAUGGAGGACAGCGUCUUGGCCGUCAUGCCUCCUGACAUUGCUGCUGAGGCGCAGGCCCUGCGGCGGGAGCAGGAAGCACGCCAGCGCCAGCUUAUGCAUGAGCGCCUCUUUGGCCACUCGAGCACCUCGGCCUUGUCUGCCAUUUUGCGUAGCCCAGCCUUCACAAGCCGUCUCAGUGGAAACAGAGGUGUCCAGUAUACACGCUUGGCUGUGCAAAGAGGAGGUACCUUCCAGAUGGGUGGUAGCAGCGGCCACAGCAGGCCGUCAGGAAGCAACGUGGACAGUCUGCUGCGCCUGCGUGGGCGCCUUCUGUUGGACCACGAGGCCUUGUCGUGCCUGCUGGUGCUGCUGUUUGUGGACGAGCCAAAGCUGAACACGAGCCGGCUCCACCGGGUGCUGCGAAACCUCUGCUACCACGCGCAGACGCGCAGCUGGGUGAUUCGGAGCCUGCUGUCCAUCCUGCAGCGCAGCAGCGAGAGCGAACUGUGCGUAGAGACGCCUAAAGGGACUGCUGCGCCAGAUGACAAAGGCAAAAGGGCUGCCAAGGCCUGCGCCCCCGACAGCCGGCCGCUUGACCUCCUGCACAAGAUGGAAUCCAAAAGCUCAGGGCAGCUUUCUUGGCUCUCUGUCUCGAUGGACGCCGCUCUGGGUUGUAGAACCAACAUCUUCCAGAUCCAGCGAGCAGGAGGACGCAAGCACACGGAGAAACACGCUGCUGCUGGCUCCACGGUUCACAUACACCCACAGGCCGCUCCUGUCGUCUGUCGCCAUGUCCUUGACACUCUCAUCCAACUUGCCAAGGUGUUCCCCAGCCACUUCACGCAACAGCGGACCAAAGAAACCAACUGCGAAAGUGAGCGGGAGCGUGGCACCAAGCAGUCGGGUAGCCCUUGCCCGGGCCAGACGGGCACUAGCGGCAUCUCCACUGACUUCUGGGACUUGUUGGUCAAACUGGAUAACAUGAACGUAAGCCGUAAGGGCAAGAACUCCAUCAAGUCUGUGCCUGUGAGCUCUGGCUCUGAGGGCGAGAGCUCCCCUUACAGCCUGGAAGCCUCUCCUCUGGGCCAGCUGAUGAACAUGCUCUCCCACCCGGUGAUCAGACGGAGCUCCCUGCUGACGGAGAAGCUCUUGCGCCUGCUGUCUCUCAUCUCCAUUGCUCUGCCUGAGAACAAGACCACGGCUGAGGGGGCGGCCAACCACCCUGCUGCCGCUGCCGCCACCACCCCAGCACCUGCCCCUGCCCCUGCCCUGGCUGCCGCCGCUGCCGUAGCUGCUGCCACUGCGGCUGCAACCGCCGCUGCAACGGCAGCUGCAACUGUCGCUUCUAUUGCCACCUCCGGUGCUGCCGCAGUAACCGCCACAUCUACUGUCCCCACCACUGUGUCCACCAUUGCAAAAAACAGCAAAUCACCAGCCAAGGUGUAUGAAGGGGGAGGCGGAGGUGGAACUGACAGCAAAAUGGCAGCCUCAGGCCUAACAGAGAACCAGCUACAGCUCUCUGUGGAGGUGCUGACGUCUCACUCCUGCUCUGAAGAAGGCCUGGAAGACGCCGCCAAUGUUCUCUUGCAACUCUCACGGGGUGACCCAGCCACACGCGACACCGUGCUCAAGCUCCUGCUUAAUGGGGCCCGGCAAUUGGGCUACACUCUCUGCAAACAGAUAGGUACACUCUUGGCGGAGCUGCGAGAGUACAACUUAGAGCAGCAGCGUCGAGCACAGUGUGAGUCCCUGUCGCCCGACGGGCUCCCUGAGGAGCAGCCUCAGACCACCAAAUUGAAAGGCAAGAUGCAGAGCAGGUUCGACAUUGCUGAGAACGUGGUGAUUGUGGCCUCCCAGAAGCGCCCUCUGGGUGGCCGGGAGCUCCAGCUGCCCUCCAUGUCCAUGCUGACCUCUAAGACCUCCACGCAGAAGUUCUUCUUGAGGGUGCUGCAGGUCAUCAUCCAGCUGCGGGAUGACACACGCCGCGCCAACAAAAAGGCAAAGCAGACAGGCAGGCUAGGUACUUCCGGUCUGGGCUCAGUUAGCAGCAUCCAGGCCGCUGUUCGGCAGCUGGAGGCUGAGGCUGACGCCAUUAUACAAAUGGUACGUGAGGGUCAGAGGGCCCGGAGGCAGCAGCAAGCAACAACGUCGGAGUCAAACCAGGCAGAGGGCUCUGUGCGGCGAGAUGAAUCGCCUAUGGAUGUGGAUCAACCAUCGCCCACCACGCAAGACACCCAAUCAGUGGUGUCAGAAGGUUCCCAGCAGGGUGAGAAGGAGAAAGAGGAGCGUCCUCCAGAUCUGCCUUUGCUCAGUGAGCAGCUCAGUCUGGAUGAACUGUGGGACAUGCUGGGCGAGUGUCUGAAGGAGCUGGAAGAGUCCCAUGACCAACACGCUGUGCUUGUGCUGCAGCCUGCAGUGGAGGCCUUCUUCCUGGUGCAUGCCACAGAGCGGGAAAGCAAGCCCCCAGUACGUGACACUCGGGAGAGCCAGCUGGCUCACAUCAAGGACGAGCCCCCACCCCUUUCCCCUGCCCCUCUGACGCCUGCAACGCCCUCUUCCCUCGACCCCUUUUUCUCCCGUGAGCCCUCAUCCAUGCACAUUUCCUCCAGCCUUCCCCCGGACACACAGAAGUUCCUCCGCUUUGCAGAAACACACCGCACUGUGCUGAACCAGAUCCUGCGCCAGUCCACCACCCACUUGGCGGAUGGCCCCUUUGCUGUCCUCGUUGAUUACAUUCGUGUCCUGGACUUUGAUGUCAAAAGGAAGUACUUCCGGCAAGAGUUGGAAAGACUGGACGAAGGGCUAAGGAAAGAAGACAUGGCUGUGCAUGUGCGUCGGGAUCAUGUCUUCGAAGACUCUUACCGGGAGUUGCAUCGCAAAUCACCCGAGGAAAUGAAAAACAGAUUGUACAUAGUGUUCGAAGGGGAAGAGGGCCAGGAUGCUGGAGGUCUGUUGCGUGAGUGGUACAUGAUCAUCUCACGGGAGAUGUUUAACCCCAUGUAUGCACUCUUCCGCACGUCACCUGGCGAUCGGGUCACCUACACCAUCAAUCCUUCCUCUCACUGUAACCCCAACCACCUGAGCUACUUCAAGUUUGUCGGGCGUAUUGUGGCCAAGGCAGUGUAUGACAACCGGUUGCUCGAAUGCUACUUCACCCGCUCCUUUUACAAGCAUAUCCUGGGCAAAUCAGUCAGGUACACGGACAUGGAGAGUGAGGAUUACCAUUUCUACCAGGGACUGGUGUAUCUCCUGGAGAAUGAUGUCUCCACACUGGGCUACGACCUCACCUUCAGCACAGAGGUUCAAGAGUUUGGGGUGUGUGAGGUACGUGACCUUAAGCCCAACGGGGCCAACAUCCUUGUGACUGAGGAGAACAAGAAGGAAUAUGUGCACCUGGUGUGUCAGAUGAGAAUGACAGGAGCAAUCCGCAAGCAGCUGGCUGCCUUCCUGGAGGGCUUCUACGAGAUCAUCCCCAAGCGCCUCAUCUCCAUCUUCACUGAGCAGGAGCUCGAGCUGCUAAUCUCGGGACUACCCACCAUUGACAUAGAUGACCUGAAAUCCAACACAGAGUACCACAAAUACCAGGCAAACUCUAUCCAGAUCCAGUGGUUCUGGCGAGCGCUGCGUUCCUUUGAUCAGGCAGACAGAGCGAAGUUCCUGCAGUUUGUCACAGGCACAUCCAAGGUGCCCUUGCAGGGCUUUGCUGCCCUCGAGGGCAUGAACGGUAUCCAGAAAUUCCAGAUCCACAGAGACGACCGCUCAACAGACAGACUGCCUUCUGCUCACACGUGUUUCAACCAGCUGGACCUCCCUGCCUAUGAGAGCUAUGAGAAAUUGCGUCACAUGCUGCUACUGGCCAUCCAGGAGUGCUCGGAGGGCUUUGGCCUGGCGUAAGGGUGGCUCCAGCUGCCAUAUUUUUUCUACUGUCAGACUUGGGGAGCAACGGGAGGGAGUGGAACCGAGCGAUGCUCCUCCCCCUUUUCCAACCACCUGUGUGUGUGUGUGCGUGCCCUGCUGCCCCCUUACUGAAGAGAGCCAGAGACCCCCAGCCAAUCAGCCGUCUUCGGAGGCGGGGCCGGGGUGCAACCCGGAGAGAAAAAGACAAAUUAUAUAUAUAAAUAUAUAUAUAUUUUUUGGUUUAGUUUGCAUUUCUUAAUUUGUGCUUGGAAUGUGUUGAUGAGGCGGCGGGAGGGAGCGUUUGGAUUCUUUUGUUGGUCUCUUUCCUUGGCACCCAUUUGCUGCUGGAAGGGGAACCUAAGGUUUAAAAAAAUUCCAAAAAAGGAAAAAAAAAAUAAAAAAAAUAAAAGCGCACUCUUGAUAAGAA